GGGGAGUGGAUGCACUCAUAAAGAGCAAUGACUAAGUUUCUUUAUUUGUUGGUGUUGAUAGUUUGUCUCUGUUUACCGGGAUAUUUAGGGCAUCCCGGCGUCGUUUUUGAACACUGUCCUAAUGGAUCUGUCAGGCACGAUGACUCGUGCUACAUGUUUUCACACGAGCUAGCGAACUGGGCUGAGGCCAUGGUGUACUGCACUGCUUACGGGGGCCAGCUAGCUUUUAUUCAGUCUCCAGAGGAACAAGUGUUCAUCCAGAAUGAAAUGAAAUUAUUCCUUGGUUCACAGACGGACUCAGCCCAUUACUAUUGGCUAGGUGGGACGGAUGCCGUCUCUGAGGGGGAAUGGUAUUGGGCCAACAUUGUCGAGAAAAUAAUGUACACAAAUUGGAAACAAGGUGAGCCAAAUGACAACCACGCCCACACAAAUCAUCACCAGGAUUGCCUGGCUAUCUACAGUGAGACCGGACUCUGGGAUGAUGGGUGGUGCGAAACCCAGCACAAUUUCAUUUGUGAAAUACAGUUGGAUGUGGAAACCUCUCAGAUAAUUGGAAAAUAACAAAGCAAUCUGAGCUAAACAUAUUCGUUUAUACCACAUUAAAAAACUUUUAAGACAAGAUAGAAUAAUAUUAUUGCACAAAUACUGAAUUGACAUAAUUAUUACAGAAUAAACAAUUUUGAAUGGUAAACUCCAA